AAUUUACAAAGGGGUUAUCUCAAUUAAGGUGUACAAAGAACAAUAGUUUGAGUGAAAGAUAGGCAUAAAGGCGAUAAUAGUGAUAUAAUUUUCCUUAUCUAAAAGUAAAAAUAUUUACCUCCCUAAAAUAAGUAAGAUACUUUUGAUAUGAAUGAAUCUGAACAAGUUUCAGAAAUACGGCGUCUGCUUGAUUUUCAAACUAAAAGGGCCGAUCCUUUUCAAAUUUUGAAGCUUAAUAUUGAGACCUGCGAAGUUUCUGAUGUAAAUAAAGCCUAUCGUUUCAUCGCUUUACAACUUCAUCCAGACAAAUGCAAGGUCCCGUAUGCUUCUGAGGCCUUUCAUAUCGCAGAAAAGGCACACAAGUUAUUGAGCCAGGAAGUUGCUUUGAACCAUCUUAAGCGGGCUCACAUGAGACGAAAGGAGCAGCACUCCGAAACGACCUCGUUUUCUAUUCCAACUUUUGCUACUGAGCAAAAACAAAGCCCUGCUCCGUCGUCGUCAGCAUAUAAAUUUCAAUUUGGCAAGCUUUCAAAGCUUGCCAUUUCGGAGCUUUCCACGGAUGAACAAAAAACAGCUGAGAUUGAUCGUUUACUGCGAUGCAAACUGAACGAUUACUUUAUAAUAUUAGAUUUGGAUCCAGAGAAAUGUGAAGUCAGUGAUGUGGAUAAACGCUAUCGACGCAUGGCGCAAGCGCUACACCCUGACAAGUGUCAACUACCACGUGUUUCGGAUGCAUUUAACAUAUUUCAGAAAGCACACAAGGAGCUAAGCGAUGAUAAAAAGCUUAGGCGGUUUAAGAUGUCCUUCUUGCAGCAGCAAAAACGUGAAGCACUUCAACAGGAGGAGAUGCUUCAGCGAUCUGGUUGUCAUAGCCGAGAACAGCAGCAGCACUCGGGCUCUUCAAGUGGGCUAACCGCUGAGGAACGGCUUGAGCUGCGUAAGCAGGAGGCUCUGAGAGAGCAGCAAAUGGAAGCAAUGCGACUUGGUGAUGAGGCCGCCCGCAAAAGGAAGCGAAUGGAAGAAAAGGAAACUGAAAUGCGAGAGCUUGCCGUAGAGCUAGAGCGGCAGCGGAAGGAGUGGCGUGAUUUAAAGAUUAUUUAGGUCAUUUUAACUUUAUAGCGAGGAUACUUGUUUAGAUACCUUUGUAUUCUGAAGAUCUCACCAAUAUGUUGCAAUAAUAUUUCCUAUU